GAACGGUUACUCACUCCAUGGCUGCUGAAAGGAGAGGCAGCGGCGGCCUCGGCUGAAGAAAGAAGGUGGGAGCGGAGAACACAGACGUGGUUGCAGACCCUGACGGAUUGGCUUUGGGAGCCGGAGUAGCUGCUGCCGCCAGAGUCGGGAGCCAUGAGCGGGUUUAAUUUCGGAGGCAGCGGGGCCCCCACAGGCGGGUUCACGUUUGGCACCGCAAAGACGGCGACAACCACCCCUGCCACCGGCUUUUCUUUCUCCUCAUCCAGCGCUGGUGGGUUUAGUUUCGGGACUUCAUCCCAGCCUUCGGCGAGCGCCCCGUCUACCAGCCUGUUCUCACUCACGACCCAAGCGCCAGCAGCACAGACCUCUGCAUUCAGUUUUGGAACCACAGCACCUGCGGCAGGAGGAACUGGGUUUUCCUUAGGGGUCAGCGCUCCGAAGCUAAACCUGAGCAAUGCGACUGCCACCUCAGCCACAGCACAGCCCAGUGGCUUCGGGCUUGGGGGCAGCACCCUCACCAAUGCCAUCUCAAGCACCGUCACCUCCAGCCAGGGCACGGCACCCACCGGCUUUGUGUUCGGCUCUACCACCACCUCUGCCGCACCAUCCAGCACACCCGGGGGCUUUUCAUUCACAGGUGGAAGCACAUCCCAGACCGGGGGAACCUCCACUUUCAACAUCAGCUCGAUGGGGAGUUCGACCCAGCCCACGACACUGGGUGGGUUGGCCUUCACCCCAGCCACACCGGCAGCCACUGGAGUGGGAGCCACACAGCCAGCUGCUCCCGCACCCACUGCUGCCACCUCCAGUGCCGGGCCCACGCUCUUUGCCUCACUGGCUACCACUCCAACCUCGUCUGCCACCACCGGGCUCUCCCUUGGUGCCCCAGCAACCACAGCUGGAACAUCUGGGACUGGAGCGCUGGGCUUCAGCCUAAAGGCCCCUUCUACCACAUCCGCAGCUACAGCCACCGCCACCACCAGCAGCAGCUUUGCCUUGAAUCUAAAACCCCUGGCAACAGCCGGGAUCGCCAGCAGUGCGCCCACUGCCAUAACUGCUCCGUCUGGCCCCAGUGCAGCCAGUGGGGUGUCCACCAGUCCAGUGAUGACCUACGCCCAGCUGGAGAGUCUGAUCAACAAGUGGAGCUUGGAGCUGGAGGACCAGGAACGGCACUUCCUGCAGCAAGCCACACAGGUCAACGCCUGGGACCGCACGCUGAUCGAGAAUGGGGAGAAGAUCACUGCCCUCCACCGUGAGGUGGAGAAGGUGAAGCUGGACCAGAAGAGGCUGGACCAAGAGCUCGACUUCAUCCUGUCGCAGCAGAAGGAGCUGGAAGACCUGCUGAGCCCACUGGAGGAGUCGGUGAAGGAGCAGAGUGGGACCGUCUACCUGCAGCACGCCGACGAGGAGCGCGAGAAGACCUACAAGCUGGCCGAGAACAUCGACGCCCAGCUGAAGCGCAUGGCCCAGGACCUCAAGGACAUCAUCGAGCACCUGAACACGUCCGGCGGCCCUGCCGACACCAGCGACCCCCUGCAGCAGAUCUGCAAGAUCCUCAACGCGCACAUGGACUCCCUGCAGUGGAUCGACCAGAACUCGGCCCUGCUGCAGAGGAAGGUGGAGGAAGUGACCAAGGUGUGCGAGGGGCGGCGCAAGGAGCAGGAGCGCAGCUUCCGCAUCACGUUUGACUGAGCCCAGGGCUGGCUGCGGGGCCCGCGGGUUCCCAGGGUGUUCGGGGGCGGGGGGGGGAGCGGUGCCCAGUUACUGUCUAGCUUUUGUUUGUGAUGAAAUACUUGUUCGAUGGUCUGUUUCUUUCAAAUAAUUGUGCUGUUGAGAGAACUGUUUUUGUGAUUUGAUGUUUCACAUUAACAAGUGGAAGUAUUCCGAGUGCUCUGGUCGGGGCAGCCGCCGGGAGGUGUGCCGUCUUUGUAUCUUUCCGUGUCCCCCACCCUUUCCACCCCUGCAGCCAUUCACGUCGUCCUGCUUGCCCCAGCUGGGUGCUGGAGAAGUGCCCAUUCGUCGGAGAGCCCUGCGUCUCCCCACCAGGGUUCCCUGGGCCGUUUUCUGUGUAACACACAGUUGUAGGAAUGAAGCAGGGAGACAGCGGGUUGGUCUAAGAUGUGUACACGUGGACAUCCGCCAUCCAUGCAAAGUGACACAUGACUAGAACAGGCAGCAUGAUAGUGAAUUUUACAGGAGACAGGUCAGAUGAGGGACUUGAACGAGGUGUUGAAAAAGGAGUCAGACUCAAGACAGGGGGUCUUCGUGUUGCCUGGCAGACACACCUUGGCUUCCUGGUCUCUCUGUUAGGCCUCACCUCGACCACCCCAAAGCUGUGUCAGAUGGUCAUUCUGCAGUCCCCAGGUCACAGAGAGCUUGCGCCUUUGGUGACUUGCCACCUCGUAUUGUGCUGUUUGCUUCUCUGCCUCACUGUUAGAUUGUGAGCCCCUGUGGGCAGGGGUGUCUCGCUCCCCUUGGUGUCCUCACACAAUCCCUGUCAUGUUUAUCAAACAAAGGAACAACAGAAAUGGAACCCAGCGUGAAACAUUAAUCCAUGAAAUGCCUGCUGAAAAGGUGGUGGAGGCGGCCACAGACUUGGUUCUGAACUUCCUGAUGCCAAAGCCGGCCUAGUCAGGUACAAGGAGACCCACCGUGUCCAGAAGGCAGAAGCCAACCAGCUGUACCCCGGGUGUCUGUCUCAUUUGUCUUCACACCUCGCUGCGCUCUGAAGUACCUAGACCUGUAUGUGUGUAUGUGUAUGUUGCUUUCCUCAAUAAAAUACAACUUUCUGUGGAACGAGAA